UCAAAUGCAAGAAAAUAACAAAAAUGGCUGAAGAACAGGAGGUGAUACAAAUAGAACUCCUCUGCAAGCAGCUUUACGAGUCUCAGGACCCCAACGUGAGGGAGCAGGCCGAGAAAGCUGUUGUUGCUUUUCAGGAAUCACCGGACACGCUGAGCAAAUGUCAGGCCCUCCUUGAGCGUGCAGACUCAAGUUACUCUCAGUUAUUGGCUGCUACCACGCUCGCUAAACUAAUAAGCAGGUCCAGCAGUAGUUUGUCAGUACAGCAACGGCUGGAUAUAAGAAAUUAUGUGCUCAACUACCUCGCUACACGGCCUAAACUCGCAAACUUUGUUAUUCAGGCUCUGGUGUCGCUGUUCGCCCGGAUCACGAAGCUGGGCUGGUUCGACACUAUCAAGGAGGAGUAUGUGUUCCACAACGUGAUGAGCGACGUGACCAGCUUCCUGCAGGGUCCAACGGAAAUGUGCACGAUAGGUGUCCAACUCGUCUCCCAGCUCGUGGUGGAGAUGAACCAGGUGUCGGAGGCGGACGCCAACAGGUCGCUGGCUAAGCACAGGAAGAUCGCCUCCUCGUUUCGAGAUUCCCAGCUGUUCGAGAUGUUCCGCCUAUCCUGUUCUCUCCUAUCGGCGACGCGGAACAAAACCCUGGACCUCUCGGACGAGAGGCCGCACGCGCUGGUGGCGGCGGUGCUGAAGCUGGCGCACAACUGUCUCACCUUCGACUUCAUAGGGACCACCAAUGACGAGUGCUCCGACGAUAUGUGCACAGUGCAGAUCCCAACAUCAUGGCGGCCCACGUUUCUUGAACCAAACACACUGGAACUGUUCUUCUCCUUGUACCACAUGCUGGGCGGAGGUCUAGCCAGCUUGGCGUUGGGCUGUCUCGUACAACUGGCCUCCGUAAGAAGAUCACUCUUCUCCAACACGGAGAGAGCCAAGUUCCUGAACAGACUGGCCGCUGGUGUCAGGCAGAUAUUGGACAACACUCAGGGCCUAUCGGAUCCGACAAACUACCACGAGUUCUGCCGACUCCUCGCCCGAUUGAAGUCCAACUACCAACUCGGGGAGCUGGUGAUGGUGGACAACUACCCCAGGCUCAUUGAGCUGGUGGCCAAGUUCACCGUGCAGAGCCUGCAGAUGUGGCAAUUCGCCCCGAACUCGGUCCACUACCUGCUGUCGCUGUGGCAGCGCAUGGUGGCGUCCGUGCCGUACGUGAAGGCGAGCGAGCCGCACCUGCUGGACGCGUACGCGCCGGGCGUCACCGCCGCCUACAUCGGCUCGCGGCUCGACUGCGUCGCCGCCGUGGUCACAGAAGGCUUGGAGGAUCCGUUGGACGAAGUCGGCACUGUUCAACAGCAACUCGAACAGUUGUCAGUCAUAGGACGCUGUGAAUAUGCAAAGACGUGUCAGCUGCUGGUGGCCCACUUCGACCGGGCGGCCGCCACGUACAGCGUGGAGAACAGGCCGCAGCAGACGCUGAUAUUGCAAGGUCAACUGACAUGGCUGGUGUACAUUAUCGGCGCGGCCAUCGGCGGGCGGGCGUCGGCGACCACGUGCGACGACAACGACGCCAUGGACGGGGAGCUGGUCUGCCGCGUGCUGCAGCUCAUGACCCUGACCGACUCCAGGCUGGCUAAUGGUGGUUGCGAGAAACUAGAACUGGCCAUGAUGUCAUUCUUCGAGCAGUUCAGGAGGAUAUACGUGGGCGAGCAAGUGCAGAAGAAUAGCAAAGUUUACAGAAGACUGAGCGAGGUGUUGGGGCUGAGCGAUGAGAGCCAACUGCUGAGCGUGCUCAUGAGGAAGAUUAUAACGAACCUGAAGUACUGGGGCGGCAGCGAGCAGAUCAUAGCCAAGACCCUGGGCCUGCUCAGCGACCUCAGCGGCGGCUACUCGUGCGUGCGCAAGCUGGUCAAACUCGAGGAGACGCAGUUCAUGCUCACACACCACACGGCGGAACACUUCCCAUUCCUGGGCAUUGUGGGCGUCGGCACAUCGGAAAUGAGAUGCCGCACGAUGCUGUACACCGCCCUGGGGAGGCUGCUGAUGGUGGAACUGGGCGAGGACGAGGAGCGGUUCCACGCGUUCAUGAUGCCGCUGACGGCGGCAUUCGAAAGCAUAAUAGGCCUGCUGGGCGGGUCGGAGAGCGCUGUGUUCGCCUCGGAGGAGGCUCGCAAGACUCUGAUCGGACUGGCGCGAGACUUGAGGGGGCUGGCCUUCGCCUUCAACACGAAGACCACGUACAUGAUGCUGUUCGACUGGAUUUAUCCAGUGUACAUGAAGGUGCUCCUGCGCGGCAUAGAGCUGUGGUUCGCGGAGCCGUCGCUCACCACGCCGGUGCUGAAGCUGGCCGCGGAGCUGGCGCAGAACAGGAACCAGCGGCUGCACUUCGACGUCAGCUCCCCCAACGGCAUCCUGCUGUUCAGGGAGCUGUCGGCCAUCAUAUGCGCUUACGGCAGUCGAAUACUGACAAUAGACGUGAGCAAAAAGCAAAUGUACGCGAUGAAACUGAAGGGGAUAUCGCUCUGUUUCUCCAUACUGAAGGCGGCGCUGUGCGGCAAUUAUGCAAACUUUGGAGUUUUCAGAUUAUACGGCGACGAAGCGUUGGACAAUGCGCUGAAUAUGUUCGUCAAAUUGUUGCUUAGUAUACCACAAAGUGAUUUAUUGGACUACCCGAAGCUGUCCCAAACGUACUACGUGCUGCUGGAGAGGCUGGCCCAGGAUCACAUGCCGUUCCUGGCCUCCUUGCAGCCGCCAGCCACGCUGUACAUCCUGUGCUCAGUCAGCGAGGGGCUCACGGCGUUGGACACGAGUGUGUGCACGGGAUGCUGCGCGACGCUAGAUCAUAUAGUCACAUAUCUAUUUAAGCAAUUAGUUCAGAAAUCCAACAGCAAGCCGCACAAUCCUCGCCAGCCGCCGCCGCAGACCAGCAACAUGUUCGUGGAGCUGCUGCAGCGCCGCCCGGAGAUCAUGCAGCAGCUGCUGGCUACUGUGCUGAACGUGAUAAUGUUCGAGGACUGCUGCAACCAGUGGUCGAUGUCCAGGCCGCUGCUGGGGCUCAUCCUGCUCAACGAGGAGCACUUCUCCCGCAUCCGCGGCGAGAUGAUCUCCCAGCAGCCCAGGGACAAGCAGGCUCAGCUGGCGCAGUGGUUCAACGGACUCAUGAAUGAGAUCGAGCCCAACCUGCUCACUAAGAAUAGGGACAGAUUUACACAAAACCUGUCGAUGUUCAGGCGGGAUAUUAACGACCUUCUGCGAGGCGCUGUCAGCUCGCAGCCGUCGGUAAACGACAUGAUGACGUCAUAAUCCUAGACAAAGAAGUGGAUCAUUUGGUGAUAUAUAUAAACAUUGUAAAUAUACGCAUUAACAGACGUCUCAUUGUAGAUUUGUCAUUGUUGUAAGUAAUUUUAUCUUAACUAUGUCGAGAUGAUAAAGAUUAUACUGAUGUUAUGCAUUGUUUGAAAUGUACGAAUGCGUUUUGAGAUAAAAUAUUAAAAUAAUGAAUACUUGUGCAGUCUUCUUGCUACGUGAUUCGCUAAGUUUAAUUUUUCUCAUGUAUUUUUGCAUUGUUAUAAGUUUACCAUUACUACCUACCACUAAAAAUUAUAAAGAACAUUUUCCUUCAGCAAAUAUCCCUCUAUAUUUAUAUGUAUCUAUUGUAUUUUCUAUCUCAUUUCUUUUCGAUCGAAAAAACAUACCCCUUAACCCCAUUACAUGUUAAAGAAAAUGUUAUGUCAGAUAAUUUAUUCCCCUUUUUUUACAUUGUGUUUCGAAGUCCAAUUGUUUUCAUGACCAACUUUUGACCAAUAACAAAUUCCGUUAAUAAAUCAAUAAAUAAUAUUAUGUACCACAUAAAAAAUAUACGUUAAAAAAGUUCACUUAGCGAAUUUUCAGAACAGACUCGGCACAAGUAUCAGGCGUCGCGUCUUCAAGAUGCUAUACAAAAUGUAUUAUUCCGAAUUAGCGCUGUAGACAAACUAUCAAGUUUUGUACUUUAAACUUAUAAGAUGAGUACAUCUUAUUCAAAUUGAAUUGUUUUAUUGCAAAUUAUAUAACUUUAUUUAUAUAAAAGGCAGCCCUUUUUAUAAAUUAAGUUGUAUCACGUUAGGUACUGGUGCCGUGCGCUUAAUUGGCUUAGUAGUCAGUCAUAAUAAUAUUGCAAGCAUGAAAGACUGUUUCAUCACUUCACUACAUAUUAUUAAGUCUUGAACGGGCCGUGGGUCAGAUGGGUCAGUCAGUCAGAAUGGAACACCAGAUUUUCGAGUGUUCAAGGUAGACACCUGUCUGGUCGUCGUCUUAGUCAUAUUUCGAUUGUCCUUUUUUUAUUAAUAUGUCAGUCAGUUUUGUUCAUCUAAAAUGUCAAGUCAAAGUGUCUGUCUGUCCGUGGAGGCUGAACGGCCGCUACAAGUCUUAUAUACUCUGUAUGUAUGUUUGUAAGUGUGAAUGGGACUGUUGGAGUGGGAAGGCCAAGAAGAACGUACCUUGAUCAAAUCGGAGACGUUCUAGCAAAAGGUCUGGUCAAGAGUACCUGAAACCGACGAGCUUGCAUGAAGAGAGUUAUGAAUGUGAAUGAAGCGAAUGAAGUGUGCAGGGAUCGUCGCAAGUGGAAAGAUGUGGUCUCUGCCUACCCCUCCGGGAAAGAGGCGUGAUUUAUGUAUGUAUGCCUUCAUCUGGAAAAGUAGCGGACGAAAUAUGUUGCUGUUUGAUAUUUUGGAAAGAGGGUGUUCCUCAAAUUUUGGAGAGAGGAAGGUUUAUAACCUAUAAAUACUACCCAUGCGGUCGCUAGUACCAAAUAAAGUUAUUUUAAUGUUUUUCAAUAAAACACACUCUCCUUAAAUAUGAAACUCGUGAGAAUUGAAAGUUUGUGUGAAAUGUAUUAUAAAUGCUACCCGUGAAAUGCCGGGGCGGAUCGCUAGUUGUUAAUAGUACGUCUAUGGCCCGGUUAAUAUAUGUAUGUAGGAUCUUUCCAUUAUUUUUCAGGAGGUCCACGUGAUCAUAUUUUUUUUAUAGAAUUGUCAUUCUGGAAGUUGUAAAAAACUGUGUCCAGUGUCCCUGGUCAGGUCAGGUCAGGUUUUUGGUUUGUGCGGACAUGGAAACGAGGCUUGCAAACGAUAUCUCUCAAAUCUACUAAGCCAAUGUUAAAACUAAUUUAUGUAUUGGAUUAUUUUGUUUUCACGUUUCAAAUAUUUUAAGUUUAAACAGUGUUCUUAGUUUUUAAAAUUGACAAUAUAGAUUUUAAGACUCCCCUGUGCGCGCUAGUUUUUAAUACUUGUAUACUUUUUGCAUCCAUUUUUUAUAUUUCCCCAAAUAUUACAGUAAAAAUAUAUUUACCACUUUUACGAAUGAUAUAAGACAAGACUAAAUCUGUAUGUUUUCUCUACUUAGCAAAGAUAUGUUCGGAGUGAAUUUUAUCAUCACUACAUAUUAUAAGAUCAAUUCCCCCCGAAUUUUUCUGUCUGUUUGUACGCUCUAAUCUCGGUAAGUGCUGGACGGAUUUUGUUCCUGUUUGAAAUGUUGGAAAGAAGGUUUUAUGAGGAAGGUUUAUAUCUAUAUAGGUAAAAAUGCUACUCGUACGAAGCUGGGGCGGGUCGCUAGUUUGGAAAUAAAAGCAAAAAUGCAUUGUAUGAAAACGUGAACGUACAGGGGAGCCUAAAUAAAUCUACACAUAUUCAACAUAAGAUUUUUUUUUUAAGUCACAAUAAUAUGUUUUCAUUGUGCACGCUUAUCAAAUUUCAAUGUGAAACUCUUUAUACAAUUGUUAUUAGGAAUGAUUUUAAUAUAUGUUAGACGAAAUCUUUAGCACAAUUUUUCUUUUAAAAAAAUACUAAGACAGAUAAGAGAUUACGUGUCAAAUAUUCUAAAAAAAAGAAUUGUGAUAGCAGUUUUAAAAACGAUCAAGAGUGGGUUGCACCGUAUUACUUAUGCGUAUAACCAAAUCGUAAAAAACUGUUAAAACUCUGAUUCAACAAAAUUUGUACCCUUGAAGUUUUCACACUAAAUACCCAGUCAUUUUUACUGAUAAAGUCGACUUUGACUUGAAAACUACCAACAUUACGGUGCAACUAACUAAAUCUAUACAUAGACAAUGAUCAUUCGCAUUGAGAAAUAAUGAAAUAAUAACUUAAUAAAAUUGUGCUCCUAGAUCUUCUUAACAUUUCAAGAGACUUUUGUCUAGUCUUAAACGACUGCUGUAAGAAACAUUUACAUAACCUUAACAUUAUCAUUGCACUGACGUAUUUUGUCGGUUGCAAAUUCUUUUAGGAGCUUUUCGAGACUUGUGUUCGCUUUUAAAAAACAACAAUCCGAGAUAGAAUAUGUCGAGAAAUCAAUCAAAUCAAAUAUGUUAUUUUCUUUCAAAUAUCAAACAGUAAAUACAUAACAUAGGUAAGCUUAUGAGUUUCUAGUGUCUGAAAAAAUGAAGUGACUCCCGCCUUAACUCCGAGAUUCAAAAACGGAAACGUCCCCGAAACCAUUAUCCCAUCACCGCCCAUGGCUAUAUAUAUAAUCCCGUCUAUGUCCCAUGCGGGGUAGACAGAGCUAACAGACUAUAAAAGACUGAAAGUACAGCUGUUUGGCUUUAUGAUAGACUCCACCAAUCUUCCUGUGUUACUCCCAAAGGUCUAUUCUAACUGUGUACCAAAUUUUCUCAAAAUAGCUUCAGUAGUUCUUGAGUUUAUCGUUACAAACAUACAAAUAUUUUCUCUUAAUAAUUAGCGUGGAUUACUCACCCUCAUUCUCGGGGCUGGCAAGGUAACUUUAAAUAAUUAAUAAAAAGUUCAAUAUGUGUCAUGAAGUGAAGCGGGAUAGCGAUAGCUGAAUCGUAUCCUGUUAUGUCUAGGAGGACCUAGGACCUAAAAUAUGUGUGUAUAUUUUUUGUAUGUAGAUAUUUCACACACACAAAAAAGGUGAAGGUAAAUGUUACUUAUAGCGCCGUUUGGUCUCGUGUAGGACAUUCCAUAAUGAGUGAAUGUUACAGUGGCCUACGUAGAAAACUAUUACAUCGACGUAUAAUUUUCUAAAUGGCCCACUGUACUUUAAACGGACGCCAUUUUGUUUUCUUUUUUCAAUAAAGUGAAGCAUGUUUAGUUCUUCUCUUUUAUUUUUUGUCUGAUAAAUAUGUUUUACUUAUGCAUUGUGAUCAUUUUUAUAUAAUAAAUCAAACAUUACAAUAUAUUUUUGUGUUGGCAAAUAAAAUUUAUUCGUUUUCGCAAAAUGAAAACAAAAUGGUGUCGAGUAUGAAAAAGAAUGUUGCAAAGUUCACAAAUGUGUAUACUUUUUAAAGGUGUAUGUGUAUGUAAAUAUGAUAUGGAAAUAAUGGCGCUUGGCUCGUUACGACUCGACUCGAAACUUGACUCACAGUAACUUUGAUUCGGUCAUGACCACUCGGAAGGCAAAUUUGUACGCUUUAGCGGAGAUAUAACAUUGUGACAAUAAUAAUAACAACGUUUACUUACUUGACAUACCCGCUGCCAAAUAGUGGUCAUCGGUCGGCCCCGGCCUCUAAAUUGGAUGCAACUGGCCAUUUAGAAGACUUAAUUCACCUCUUUCUUAUUUUUUGCUGUAGGUGAUUUGAGUACAGUUUCAUCACACACACACAUACAAAUAGUAAUCUUUUAAUUGUGAUUGAAGUUGCUGCGACAUUUUAAGUCGAGUUGGUCAAACGAGCGUAGAGUUGUCAAUAGUUACAAUUCGGAUGAUAUUUAUAAGUGUUUUACUGUAAGCGCUCGCGAGGAAAUAGUUUAUAUUUGUGACGUACGUAUUAUGUACAGGCGAGGGCAAAUAAACAUCACCCUCUUUUACAUCCCUACACACAUUAUUGUGCGAGACAGCGUCGUCAUGUUAGAGGUUAAGAAAAAUUAAUAUACUUCCAACAAAAAGUAGAACGCUGAGAAAAAUAUAGAAGAAUAUAAACAGUACAUUUUAUUAGCAUCUUCAUGCGCCAUUUUCUAUUUCUAUCUAAAAAUAAAAUUCUGGAGUAAUCCGUUUACUAAUUUCACAAUUUAAUUGCGUUUAACUUCAGAUGUAUAAAAAACUGUCCAUAUUGUACGAAUUUCGUAUACGGCCUAAUCGCAAAUGCAUCUCUUCCAGGCUGCCCCGUGCUCUUGGAAAAAAAACGAUGUAAGAGACGCCAAUUUAUUGAAUGAAAAUAUAUUAGUGGUUUACUUUUUACCCUGUUUAAUACUGAACUAGUGAAAUUGAGUUUUAACUUGGAAUUAUUCAAAUAUGCACAUAUAGUUGUGGUCUGAAAAAAAAAUCCGAAUUUUUUCACCAACAUACCAUCAAAUAAAAAUGAAAUAUAGUUUUAUAACUUGGCUAGCAACAAACCCAAGCAGUAAUACAAAGAGGUUGAAUGUUUCAAUCAUAGAAAUUUGGACAUAUCCUGUUCAUUAUGCUUGACAAUACUACAGAUAUAUUGGUCCAGGGGGUCAGGUAUAUUUGCUCUUAACUGUACAAUAUAAAUUUUAUAGAAAAUGAAUGGUUGUAUCACAUGAAUAUUAAUAGUAUAUCAAUUGUAGAGUGUAUAAAAGAAGUUUUAAUGUCAGUUCAAUAGUAGAUUUAAUAACAAAGGCAAGAGAAUUAAAGAUGGUUGAAAGUUUUCGAAUGCUGUCUCAAAAUAGUUGUUAUUUGAAAUUAUUGAAUGGAAAAUAUGAAUAAGUAUUAAUGAAAUGUAUAAUCAUAUAAGUAGACAGACUAAAUGAGUUCUUGGCCCUUCAUCCACUUUGGUAAACUUACGUAACCAGUUACAAAAGAUUUUUAAAGCAGUUUGGUAACUACUUGUGAAACAAGACUUUAUUUUUUCAAUUUUGUGACUUUUUGUUACUUUGAUUACAGAUUUUUCAACCUGCAUAGGCUAAAAAUAUAAUCGUGGCGAAGUAGGCACAUUUAUCAAUAUUACUUGCGACAUAAGACACAUUUAUACUUCUUUCUAUCCCAUAACUCCCUCGAGAACUCAUUAGGGCUGUCUUUGCCUAUAGUAUUGUGAAAAUAAAAUGCAAUAAUAUCAAAUAAGUAUUAUGUAUUGAUGUUAAGGCCGGUUGCAGCCCAAAAGGCUAAAUUAGCUAGCUUUACUUUUAGCAAAUCUACGUUAUGAUUUAUAUUGUACUGAUGUUUUAUUUAAAUCUGUCACUUUUUCUUCUUAAUAUGUUACUCGUUGUUACCUUUCACUAUCGUUUUAAGUUUGUAGCGUAUUAUUAGAAUUUCAUUGAAAAAUGCUGUAUGGAAACCUUGUCUUAUUAAUUUUAAACCCUAGUUUGCUUUCUAAUAAUCAAACAUUGAAGUUUGCAUUAAAUAUUAUUCAUCAAACAACCUAUUUUAGUAGAUUUGAUGAAAUUAUGUAUACUCGUAAUCUUUGUGCCAAAUAAAACCUUUAUCUGACCUUAUAGCUGUGUGAAAUGUUUUGUUUACGUUAAAAUAAUAUUUAAAAAUGAAAUAAAGUAGCUUCUAGACAUUUUGACAGUUAAAUAAGCUAAUCUAAGCAAACUUUAUUUAGCUUUUAGUGUGCAACCGCCCUUAAGUUUCCUCGCGGGCGCCAUUUUGUUUCCUAUAGCGUACUGUAGAGUUUCGGAGUUGAUAGUUGUGAGCGAUGUAAAUAGUUAUAAUAUAAAAAUUGCGAUUUGUACAAAGUUA